AUGGACCGCAGUGAAGCCACUGCUGAGGCCAACGACCAGCAGCCAUUGAACGUCGACCCUCAGGAUCCCCCAUCUUCCAGCUCCAAGAUUCAGCCAGACGCCGCUUCUGCCACCUCCGCACAACCAACGGACCCGGACAGCGUCGAGAAUGCGCAGCAGGAGCCUUCGGAUAGGACGUUGAACGGCUUUCAGCAAGUAGAAUUGGUCGAACACACGCCCGGCGGGGCUGAAGCCGACGCUGGAGGCUCUCAGGACGAUCCACACGACUGGUUCCCCGAUAGCGACUACGAGCUCAAACGCGUCAAGGUCUACGAAUUGAUAGGCUCGAGAUGGGUUGACCAGGGAACAGCCUUUUGCUUCGGGCAAUUCAACGACGAGACGAACGAGGCUCUGCUCAUAGCUCGCUCUGAAUCCAACUACGCGGAAGUCAUCCUUUCCACGACGAUUCGUUCCAACGAUGUUUACCAGCGGCAGCAAGACACGCUCAUCGUUUGGACGGAACCCGAUGGAGUCGACUACGCGCUUAGCUUUCAAGAUCCAGAAGGCUGUUCAGAGGUUUGGAACUUCAUACUUGAGGUCCAGAGGCACCUAAACCGUGAAGAGCCCGGUCUCGUUGGAUCGUCGUCGCCUACGCCGGGAAACAGUGAUUCCGUGGCUGCAGCCAAUGUUAUUCGCUCUGGCCAUCUACCUCAACCACAACUCGGAAUCAUCGGGGAGAUAGAGAAAGUCAUCAAAUCGCUCUCUCGAACGCAACCGGUCAAAGAACGAAUGUGCGAGUAUAUCCAACACGAGGAAUACAUCAAGCAACUUGUUGAUGUUUUACACCAAGCGGAAGACUUGGAGAAUUUGGAGAACUUGCAUGCUUUGUGCUCACUCAUGCAGACUAUCUUACUCCUAAACGAUCACGGGUUGUACGAGCACAUACUCGAAGAGAGUCUUUUCUUCGGUGUCGUCGGGAUGCUCGAGUACGAUCCCGAGUUCCCCGACUACAAAGCGAAUUACCGCGAUUUCCUCGUCCAGACCACGCAGUUCCACCAACCGAUCGCAAUCGUUGAUCAGGCCAUUGUCCGCAAGAUACACCACACAUAUAGGUUGCAAUUCCUGAAGGACGUGGUCCUCGCUCGUGUGCUCGACGACUCGACCUUCAAUGUCCUCAGCUCCUGCAUAAUAUUCAAUCAAAUCGAUAUCAUCACACACGUGCAACAAGACCCAAGGUUUCUGAUGGAAGUGGUGAAGCUAUAUGUCGACGAAGAUAUGUUAAGCGGAGGCGGGAGAAGGGCAAGCUCUAGUCAAGGACCAGGUACGCAAGGUUUCCCAUUAAGUGGCGGCAUGGGGGGCGGGCUGGUUGUUGUUAAACUUGAGAAUGCCGAUGAAGAUGCUAGCGUGAAUGGCAAAACCAGUAAGGACUCGGUGUUCAGGAAGUCCACGGACACAGAUUCCAUGGAUGUCGACCAGAAGUCCCCAGUCAAUGGCCUCACCCAUACCGUCGUUAAUGGUCAGGUUUCGCGUUCAUCACAUUACUCCUUCGCCCCACCGGAGGAACUCUCUGAAGCGGAAGUAACUCUGCGACGCGAGGUCAUUUUUCUCAUCCAGCAACUCUGUGUCAUGGCGAAGAACGUCCAGCUUCCCGCAAGGAUGGCUCUCUUCCGUACCUUGGUCGACCGAGGUGUUCUGUUUGCUGUCCAGUGGGCUGUAGGCCUUCCAGAGAAACUGCCUGUCAACCUGCCCAUAAUCGCCGCUGGGGGCGAGAUAUUGGCGGCUUUGCUCGAUCACGACUUGACUGGCGUGCGCGGGCAUGUGUUGAAACAGGUCACCGCCAUCGAGAAGGAGAAGGAUGCGGGGAAGAAAGGUGCGGACAAGGCUGAAACAAUUUUGGCUAUGGUCUGUCGGAUUCUGAUUCAGAGUCGGGAUCUGGCUGUCCAGAGCCUGGUUGGUGACGCAUUAAAAGUUUGGAUGGAUAUUCCUCUGAACGACGGAACAGAAGCGGCCCACCAGCAGCAACCCGGUGUGAAGAUGUUACCUCGAGGGAAGGAUGAUCCUGGUACGGAGAAGUAUAUGGAGUACUUCUACAAUGGGAACUGCAUUCAUACGCUUCUUCGCCCGUUCAACGAUAUACCGCCGUGGCAGGAUUUCAAAGAACUACGUUUACCACUCACGAGAGAACAGACUAACCUAUAUGUCUACCUUUGCGAUCUACUAUGCAACUUCUCCCUUCAGCAUUCCUUCCGCAGUCAUUUCCUCGUCCUCACUUCGAACAUUUCCAUCCGCAUUGCCACUCUUCUUAAGGCUAGGGACAAGCACCUUCAGCAUGCUGCCUUUCGAUUCUUUCGAAUAUUGGUCAAACAAAACAAUCGAAACAUGCACCAACAUCUCCUUAAACAUGACAUCUUCAAGCCAAUCCUCGAUCUCACGCUGCAAGAAUCACGCAGGGACAACCUCCUUAGUUCAUCUUGUCACGAGUUGUUUGAGAUAAUACGAAAGGAGAACAUGAAGGAACUGAUCCACCAUUGUAUGACCAAGCACGAGGAGCAGGUUCGCAAGCUCGCCGGAACACCACUAGGCGGCUCAAGGUUCCAGCAAUUCAUUCGUCGGUGGGAGAUGAACAUAGAGCCGCUACCCGUCGAAGACAAGAACACAGAUGCUAAACGUCCGGAUGCACGCGGUUGGCCUGGUGGCCGGGCUGUUGAUGCUGAGGAAGAGGACUACUUCAACAAUGACGAUGAGUCAGACCUUGCCAGCGGCCCUCUACCGAUAACGAUGCAGCAAUGGACACGUGGCGGCCCCGCUCCCCUCUCGCCUUUACCAGGCGAAAUGACACUGAAGCGCAAGCGUCGACCAGCAAUUGCGAUUCCACCAAGGACAUUGAAACUGACAAAUAUUUCACCGCUUCGGUCGCCUUUACCCUUAGUGGACUAUGGCGAUGACGACGAACCAUCACCGGGCGAUGAUGGUAAGAUGGACGCCCAACAAAAACCCAACACCCCACAAUCGUCUACGUACUCAGAACUCCCCCCAAGCCCUAAACUUUCCCAUCGACAAAUACCCUCAUCAGUAAACCCUACGCCAAAACGUCCGCCAGCAGAAGACGAGGACGAAGAAGAUGGCCUUCUUGAAGCCUUGGUCACGGGGAAAAUUACAUCGACAUCAUCAGCUUUAGCUCCGUCACUUGAUACGAUGAAACCGGGCGAAAAGCGUCGGCGGAACGAUGAUGAUGAUGACGGACUCCUCGAGCGUCUGGCCAAGAUCAAGAAGCAACAGCAUCAGGGGCAGGACACCAAUUCCGUCCCUUCGGUGCGCUCGAAGUCUGGUGAUGAUCCACCUAAAAAGAUCAAAGUGAAAUUUGGUCUGGGCAGCCUCGCCGUUGCGCAGCCUCCUUCAACGACACCGUCCCCAUCAGCAGCUUCAGAAGGCGGCGUCAAGGACGGGGACACAGGCUAA